CCAAUUUAGCCCAGGGGUUUUUUGCAAAGUCAAAUCAGUGAUCAAAAACUCAAAAGAUCAGAGGUAUCGAGAACCUAAUGGGCGACUCGGCGGGUUGAUUUGCGAAACGCGGACGUUGUUGAUAAGACACACCUUGACUGACGGUAACUCAAACUGUAACUGAGUACACUGCACUCUCAUUUUGCAUUAGAUAUGAUCGUGUACUGAUGUGGGCAACCUCUAAAAUUCUCAUCAAUCGUUUCUUAUAAACAGUCGCCUGACUGACUUCCCUUUCAAACUCCUUCCCCUGUCCUUAGAUUUGAACGUUGAACGCUCGAGCCUACUCGGAUUCAGGAAAUUGUAUCCUUUUAACUUCAGAAUGAUGACCUAUCCUGUCCUUCAUCCUCCGAUACCAUAUGCUGACCAUCAUUUUACCUUUAACCCACACCUCAGACUUUCGAAUCGAUAUCACGACAUGGAUUCCUUUGACCAACCGGUACCUGCAGAAAAGUCGCCUCCGGGACUUUUUACUACUCGCGAGACGGACGGGCUCAUAAGGUUUUUCGAUGAAUUUGAUCAAAAUAAAGUUGAUCAAACUCCUUGGGAUGUCAAGCCCGAGCCUGUAGAGCAAGAUGUCGCAUGGUACGGUAUAGACAACAUGCCGCAGCACGAGCAUGGAAUGUCUUCGAAUACGACUUCGUAUCCCAGUUCGCAUCUAGAUGUUCCCCCAAAUGUAUCGGUGUUCCGACGAAGGAGCUUUCCGAUGCAAUCCGCCUCGUCAUCCAGGAUGGGCCGUCUCUCAUCGAGGACCCACAAUGUAAGCCAGGGGAAUGCUAGUCGGUCAUCUCUGAUGAAUCGUACACCCUCUGUGCAAUUCGCUCAUCUCAAUCUCACCGAUGUCCCCCCUUCAUAUCUGAAUUAUUCCCGGCGUGCUUCACUUCCUUCGGGAUCCCUGGUUGAUCACAAUUAUCACGCUUCGCAUGUCUCUGAACUCCCCCUGCCACGCACAAAGCCUCUCCUUUCCACGCCCCAGAAGCGCCUGAAUCACAUCAUGUCAGAGCAGAAGCGGAGAAAUGCCAUUAGAGAUGGUUAUGCACAACUCAUUGCUCUACUUGCCGGACCUGAAGGUUCUCACUCUGUUUUGGUAAUGCCCACACGGGGUAGGCCAAAAGGUAGUGGUGCGAAGGGCAAACAGGCCAAGAACGGUAAUGAAAUUGAGGGGGCGAAGGGUAAAAGUGGGGUUUUAUAUAGGGCUGUUGAAUAUUGCCAUUGGCUUGAGGAGGGAAGGGAUGCACUAAAGGAGGAAGUCGAGAGGCUGGAAGCCGCUGCAGGAAUUUUGUCCCAUUAACGAAAACAUUCAGUGUACUAUGAUUGCCCAUCCUCGCCAACACUUGAUUCGCAGUGAUAGCUUGUAUAUGUGCCAUGAUCAUCACGCUGGGAGACGAAAACAAACAAACGAAACGGAAAAUCCACUACGUUGGCUUGUACCACCACGAUAGCACUUGUUGUUGUACCCAUUCACAUACCUAUCUUAUUCGGAUGAAAAUAUUAUCAUCACACGCCAGAACACAGUCAUUCUUUUUUUCCAUGAUCAUUCUUUUCUGGACUAUACGGACUACAGACUCUAAUCGAUCUGGACUUAAUAUUACAUAUUACUAUUCUAUGUGCUUAGAAUAAUACCAUACGUACUAUCAGAUUAUCAAUUUCCAAGGAAGCCACUGAGUAUCGAU